ACUAACCAUAACACUAUUUCCAAGCAUAGUGCUGCCUACCUUGGUAGCAUUUUAGGGAUCAUUGCCGCAAGAAAUGACCAAAAAAUAUUUUGUAGUCGCUAAACAAAUUGAUCUUCUGAAGGCUGGUCUUCAGCGAGCUCGAGCUGCACAUCAAAUCCAAACGAAUCGAUUAUUUACUAAACCUCUUUGUCAAGUGCAUUACCAAAGUAUACCAAAAGAAUCGUUUUGCAAGUCAAUCAAUGCAAAUGACAGGUGUUUUAAUAGUUUAUUUGAGUGCAUUAUACUUACUAGAUUAUACUAUAGAUAUGCUUAUGCAUGCUACAAGAGGUGCCUCAGUUAUUGAUAGCACUGAUUCAUAACUGAAGAGAGAAAGUCAUAUGGGUUUGGAAGAAAAUGAGAAUGAAUAAAUGAUGAGGGUGAACUAUUCCUUUAAAAAACAUGAUAAUGUGCUUAAUGUGUUGGUUGUGUUAUUGGCAGGUACAGUUAACAUCAGCAAUGAUUUCAGUACCCAUCACAGCAUCACGUUUCACUCUGCUGCAGGUUGACUCUGAUUCGGACAGUGAUUCAGAUGCAGGAUAGCCAAAGGCUGGUCAUGGAGCAGGGAAGCCCUGCUCUGGGAAAUCUCCCAGUGGGAAGAGCAACCAAAACAACGACAAGAAGAAAGCGAAGAAGAAAGAGAAGAAGAGACGAAAGAAGGAACAACAGCAAAGUGAAGCCAAUGAGCUCCGGAGUUUGGCCUUUAAGAAGAUCCCUCAGAAGUCUACAACACCCCCCUCCACGCUUACGCUGCAGGAUUUAGCAAAUGAUCUGCUGAACCCAGCGGCUGUCCAUCCUAAGUCAACACCACAGGAGAACUGGCAGGAGUGGAAACAGAGAGAUGAACAGCUGACCAGUGAAUUGUACGAGGCAGACCUGGAGAAGGCCUUGAUGCUGAGUAAACUGGAAUUAGAACAAAAGGAUGUUGAAAAAACAGAGACGACGUCACCAAAGGCCAAGACAGGAGGGAAAAAAGACAGGAAAAAGAAUCAGCUGGGGAAGGACAAACGAGUGACCGUGUCUCUCAAAGACUUCCAGCAGGAGGGCACUAUGGAUCAGCAGAAGAGGCCUGACAGAGAGGUGUGUCUUCAUUGGCUUCUAUCGUUCAUUGUUCGGGUGACAAGAGCGCAAGAUGACAGUGUCUGUUGUGUUCUUCACAUUGCAAUGGCAGGAAAAACAAAAGCCAAGAAGCCGGUAAGAUAUAAGGAAGUGAAGGCCAGAAAUGCUCAGCUGCUUAAAAUGCUGCAGCAGGGAGAGAUGAAGGACAAAGCUGAGAUUCUACUGCAGGUGGAGGAGCUCCUGAAUAUGAAAGAGGAGUUGUCCUCACAGGUGGCAUAACUGCAUGCGGCUCUUGAACAGGAGAGGUCAAAGGUGAAAGGCUUACAGUCAGAACAACCAAAACAUCAGGGGAACCGAAAGGGGAAGAAAGCGUCAGACGGGGAUUUAUGA